UUGGGUUCUCAGAUAUCUGUAGAACGUCAUCAGCAGCGUGAGCUACAGUAGCAAGUGGAACGUUUACCGAGCUCGCUUUGGGAGAAACGUGCCAUGAACCCAGCAGUGCGUUACAGACUUCAGAAAUCAUAGAAAUCCAGAAAUCAGUUGGUGUCAUAAAUGGAAAUCUGAGGCUCUGUUGCAUCUCGACACCACCUUUGCUGUUCUCAGAGCUGAAGUUGCAUCUACACUUCUGUUUUUAUUCUUAACAUGGUUGAUCAGUGCUGUGCACAAUGAGGAACGGCGCCAAGAAUCAUUUUUGAACCUAUUUGUGCUCGUUCUGGCUUCUGUUAUAUAAGGUGCGAGUGUGUACUUGGAGAAAGUGUGCACAAUGUUCAGCGGCGUUUUGACCGGACCACCUGAUGCCACCAGGCCACCCCAUGCCCGCCUGUAACCCCGGAGACGACAACCUCUUACCCGCUCGAACUUCACCUCUUUUGGCCAACCAGCAUUAGUCUUGAUGAGGAACCCUGCCAUCGGUGAUGUGAUGAACAAGUUUGAGGUGCUUGGGAUCGUCGGGGAAGGAGCAUAUGGAGUCGUGCUCAAAUGCAGACACAAGGAGACUAAUGAAAUCGUGGCUAUUAAGAAGUUCAAGGACAGUGAAGAGAAUGAGGAUGUGAAGGAGACAACACUGCGGGAGCUGAAGAUGCUCCGCACGCUCAAGCAGGAAAACAUUGUGGAACUGAAGGAGGCUUUCCGGCGCCGGGGGAAACUCUACCUGGUGUUUGAGUAUGUGGAGAAGAACAUGCUGGAAUUGCUGGAAGAGCUGCCUAAUGGAGUUCCGCCUGACAAAGUGAGGAACUACAUCUACCAGCUAAUCAAAGCCAUCCACUGGUGCCAUAAGAACGACAUAGUGCACAGGGACAUUAAGCCAGAAAACCUCUUAAUCAGCUCAGAUGACGUGCUCAAGCUGUGUGAUUUUGGUUUCGCACGUGACCUCUCAGAAGGAACAGACGCCAAUUACACCGAGUAUGUGGCCACCAGGUGGUACCGCUCACCUGAACUACUGCUGGGGGCUCCGUACGGGAAGGCGGUGGAUAUGUGGUCAGUGGGGUGCAUCCUAGGCGAGCUGAGUGACGGACAGCCCUUGUUUCCAGGCGAGAGUGAAAUAGAUCAGCUCUUCACCAUACAGAAGGUUCUGGGACCCCUGCCUCCAGAGCAGAUGAAGCUUUUCUACAACAACCCCCGCUUCCACGGCCUACGGUUCCCUACCGUGAGCCACCCGCAGACUCUGGAGAGGAGAUACCUUGGCAUCAUCAACGGCCCCAUGCUGGACCUAAUGAAGAAUCUGCUGCUUCUGAACCCGAACGAGCGUUUUCUGACGGAACAGAGUCUGAACCACCACGUAUUCCAGAGCCAGCGGCAGACUGAGCGACCUGGCCCCCCAACCCCUACACCCAUCCGCUCCUCCAAGAGAAAACCCCACCCCCUCGACAACACCGCCCUCAGCAGGAGUCAUGGCAGCAAGAGCUCAGGACAUCAUCGUUCUAACAGCCGGGACUGUUCCAGCCUACCGCGUCAUAAUCAGGCCGAGCUGCACCCACAGAGUGCUGAAGCGUUCCUGAACGGUGCAAUUCCCGCCUCCAGCAGCCUGAGCCCCACGCUGCACGCCAAAACUUUCCACUCCCCGCAACCCCUUAACCGCUCAGCGUCCUGCGGCAAAGACCUGGCUUCGCUUAGCCCAAAGAAGGCUCGAGCCAAAGCCUCCGACCUGGACUUCGACUUGCCCAAGGUGUCUGAUGGCCCUGGUGCCAAAUACCUCAAAUCCAAUGCCUCACGAUCCCACAACCGUCACUCAUUUGUGGAGGGCAAGAAUAAUACGCUGCAGGGAGAGCGGGAGAAGCAUGUACGCCACGGUGAGCCCAUGCCCCUGAAUUCGAGCACCAAAAGCUCUUCGUCUUUUAUGAGUCUGUCCAAGAGCCAUGGCGCACUGACCGACGCCAAGUCCAUCAGUAACUUGAGCGAUCCACGCCUUCUCCAAGAUGAUGCACCAGUGCCCUCGCGGUACUUCCCUUCCAGCUGCCUGGACCUGAACGCCAACCUGAACCUGGUGGCACCCGGCAGUCCUGCUUUGCGUCACAGCCCGGGAGGACGCGCCAAGUCCGAGCGUCAGGCUGGCAUGGUGGACUCGUCCCUCCGCCGGUCAUCCACACGCCACAAGGGCCAGCAGCAGGACGAGACCAAAACCACAGAAACCCUGGAUCCUGGAGGAGGAGCCCGUGACUUCCCCUAUGGCCUGGGCUACACCAGCCCUUUCUCGUCACAACAGCGCCCCCACAGGCACUCCAUGUAUGUGCGCCGGGAGCGCAGUCGACCGCACGGAGCUGACGUCGGCCUGGCACUGGGGCAGAGUGCUCCUACUCGCGCCAGCAGCCUCCAGAUGCUCUCACCACAGCUGCAGCAUCGCACUCUACCCAGGCACGUAGGCAGCUCCAGCAACCGAGACGAUACCCCUGACGACCUCAGGGCAGCCAUGUAUCACGAGCAGCAUCCAGAGGACGGAGGAGCGUCCAAGGAGAACCGCAUGGUCUAUAGUGACUCGAUGCCACGUCGGGUUGGCAGCUUCUACAGAGUGCCAUCUCCUAGACCGGAUAACACUUUCCACGAGGGCAGUGGGCAGAAUAUGAGCUCAGGGGUGAACAUGGAGAGCAGCAGCCACACAAAACGCCAGCCCACUUAUGACCCCUGGACAGGGCCCGAGGCGCUGGAUUUGGGUCCUCCAGAGCCAGCCAAAGAGAAGGAGAAGCAAGGUUUUUUCAGAGCAAUAAAGAAGAAGAAGAAGAAAUCUCAAGCGGUGGAUGCUCCAGAAGCCAGAGGUCCUGUGAUCAAGAAAUCUCUUUUUCCUCUGUCUAACUCAAAGCCUAGCUUUAAACAUAACUCCUCAGACAGAGUACUCCCUCUAGUGGCCACGCCCAUGGUCCUGAACGAGGGACCGGAUCAGGUGGUGGUACAGAAAUCAUCCCGGGGUUUUGGCCAGCAGAGCAGCACCAGACACCGGACACGCAGCAGAGACCGCGAGAGGAGUCGAGAGCGGGAACAGGAGCAGGAGAGAGACAGAGACGACUGGCCGGCCGAGAGGCUCACAGAAUCCCACUCUCAGAACCAGCCUCUCAGGUCUCUUCGUAAGCUUCUUCAUCUCCCUGCCUCAUCCUCCUCUAGCAAACCCAGUACACCAGACAUGCGUUUCCCCCAUGGCAACCCUGCCUCCAAAGGAGGAAGCUUCGUGGAAUCGCGGAGCCAUGUUGGAGGAGGAGCUGGAGGGCCGACUCAGCCCAUGUCCCGCCAGGCCGCAUAUUCUCACGCCGGUCAGCUAGAGUCCACGUGGCACUCGGCGGCACUGGGAAGAGCCGAGGGAAACCCGUACCCAGAGCAGCUGGCGUCCAAAGCAGGCCAGAAUGGGCACGGCUUUGUCCGAUCGUCACGCUCACGCAUGCCAAACCUCAAUGACCUGAAAGAGACCGCACUUUAGACUGAGCCUGUUUCUCAAAUACAGUGCCACCUGGAGGCCUGGAGGGCUAGAGAGAGCAAACACUGAAGGACUCUGCUCUUUUCAUGAACAAUAAGGGUAGGCCUAGACAUGUCUUAAUCUGUUUGUUUUUUUUUUAUCUUCAAUAUUUAAUAGAAUUUGUAAUAUUAUUUAUGUACUUAUUGUAUUUUUUGUUAUGGGAGAAAUACGAUUGAAAUGAAUAUAUGUAUAAAUAUAUAUCUUGUUAUAAGUAUAAGAUGUAUAAUAAUAAUUCUAGUUCUAUUAUUCUGCAUAUAAUAAUUCUUAUAUUUGGUUAAGAAUGUCAAAUGUUUGUGUAUGGAAUCUAAGUUUAUAAAGAGGUUAAGAAUAUUGUUACAAUGCACAUCAAAACUUUCUGUUACAUUUAUUUCUAAACCCAUUCAGUGGAUUUGACCCAGGAGACGAGAGUCAGACGCUACCAGACGCUCGUCUGCGCCGAAUCUGCUAAUAAAAUGCAGCAAGUGAAGCUUUUAAAAGCGCUGUAGGUCCGACAAAUACCAAAUUCAUCAUAUAUUGCUACCAUCUGCUGGCCAAACCUAUUCACUACACACAGUUGCAGACUAAUAAUAAUAAUAAUAAUAACAAUAAUAAUAAUACUAAUAAUUCUUAACAAAAAAGAAAGCAUAAUUGCUGCAGACAUGCGGCAUGUUCUCAUGUGUAAAAGCCAGAUGCCAUUUGUAUAUUCUCAGGUUUAGUGUUAUAUAAACACUGUAAAUAUUAUUUUAUUGCAAUAUUUUAAGACCAACACAGGAACAAAAUAGAUUUUUAAAUUUCAGUUUAGAGGUAAACACUUAAUAUAUGAAUGUGUGAGGGGAAAAUAGAAAUAAGACAACAGCUUACUGCAAUAUGGAAAAAUAAAAUGAUUAACCAAUCAACCGCCACAUCGUCACAGAAGAUUUUCUUGGGAUGGGGUGCCAAUAUUUAACCCAUUAUAGAUUUUGUUAUUACUAGUAAGUGGAUAGAGGGGAAAGCAUGUGUUUCACGGGGUGGACAAAUCAUAAAUAUGUUUAUACAUUGGGCCUGUGUGCUGAUUUGUUUGGACAGAACCCUAAUUUUCGAGGUUACGUCAUUUAACCCCAACACAGUUAACUAGAUCAGGGCCUUAAUACUUAAUAAAGAUGUCCAGAGGAAAAGGAAGGAGGAUUCUGCAGACUGUAGUAAUCCUGAUCCUCGAUCAUGUAGCAUAUUGUCUUUAUCGUCUUUUUCUACAAACUGGCAUCAAGGUUCUAAUAUGUUGUAUGUUUGCGCUGGAGUUCUGUGUCGCCGUUCACACCAGAGCUUUUUGUUUUAGCUGUAAAUGUAUUUGAACAUCAUAGCAAUAGAGAUUUAUAGGAGGGUUUUUUUUACUCUACUGUUUUAUUUGGCUCGGUUUCCUCAUCACUGAUUAUCUGUGAUACUGAGAUCACACGUUAGCUGUGUAAGCUAAUUUAACUGUCCAGAUAAACUAGUUUAUACUGAUAACCGGGACACAGAAUUGGUUUAGCAGGAGGUUGGAUUUAGGAACCGGUAGCUAGUAGUAUAAGAAAUAUAUGAACCAUGGAUAUGAUGUGUUUGAAUUAAAUUUAAAGAAGGAGCAAGAAAUUUACAUGAAAGUCCAAACACAAUUAUUGGUGUAUCAACAAAGGUACAAAUUGAUUUGUCCACCCCGGAUUAAUCUCCUUUAAAGGGGCAGUGUGUAACAUACAGAACCUUCUGAAAGCAAAGCUCCGAGCUCUGUUGCACUGUUCAAUAGGCUGUGGGCGGAGCUAAUUUCAGGGCUGGAAAAAUGCCAGCAGAAGCCUGAUUGUAAAGAACAUAACCACAUCUAAUAAACUGGCAAAACAUCUGGAAAAUCUUUUACACUUGACAAUAAUGUGCUACAAAUGUUACAAACCGCCCCUUUAAACGAGACCUGGUUAGCUGAUUUUGAUAAUAGCGUAUUUUUGUGAUUAUGUUCGAAGAAGGUUCUAGCGUCUUCUAACAUGACAUUAACAACAUUAACACCAGCAUCGUAUUACAUCAAGUCAGGAGUUUCUUAAUAAAAGGAGAAACCCCAUGAAACGAACAACCUCCCACUGAACACCACCUUACACCGCUAAGAGUAUAUAGCCUUAAACUCCAAAAAAAAAAAAUACACAAAA